AUGAUUAACUACGACUACUUACUAGAACAAUGUCAAAAAGAAUUACGUUUGAUAAAAUUAGUCAAACCCUGUAAUUUAGAUGAAAUUUGUUCUUUAACACUAUUACUUGCUUAUUAUUAUAAAAAGACAAACGACUAUGAUCGUUCAUUAAAAUAUUACAAACAAUCUAUAAAAUUAAUUUCUUUAACAACAAAUGAUAGUAAUGAAUCUGCCAGUAUACACCAUACAAUUGGUUUGAUCUAUUAUAUUAAUAAACAACAGUAUAAUUUAGCUGUUAAACAUUUCAAAAAAGAACUCGAUACGUAUGAAUUAAAUCUUAAUGAUAAUGAACGUCAGUUGGCUAAUUUAUACAAUUUGAUUGGCUCUUGUUAUUUAAAGCAGAAUAAAUAUACUCAAGCAUUACAAUAUUAUGAAAGCUGUUUAUGCUUGUAUACACAAUGUUCAUCAUCAUUCAAUUAUCUGCCCGCUUAUGAACUAUUAGCCACUUUAUAUUUAGAAACGAAAGAAUAUGACUCAGCAAUUAAAUAUUAUAAAGUAUUAAUAAUAAAUAGUGCUGAUGAGAAUAUUGAUCAAUUAUAUCAUUAUCGCACAAGUAUUGCUAUUUGUUAUGAAAAGAAAAAUAAUUAUAUUCAGGCAAUAAAAUAUUAUGAAAAAAGUUUAUUAUUAACAACAGAUGAAUUAAAACGCGGUGACAUUUAUCAUGCAUUAGCUAAUAUCUAUUAUCAACAAGAUAAAUAUUAUUUAGCUAUUGAAUAUUUUCAAAUGACUUUAACACGACUACGUGAUAAAUCAAAUCGUAUAACCAUUCAUCACACAAUUGCAUGUUGUUAUUAUUAUGUAAGAGAAUACGAUUUAUCAAUUGAUCAUGGUAAAAAAGCAUUAAUAAUGCAACAAGUCAGUGAUAAUAAUAUUCAUAUCGUGCAAAUAAUAGCUUUGUGUUACGAAAUGAAAAAUGACUAUGAUAAAGCAUUAGAAUAUUAUAAAAAAUGUUUAGAAAUAUGCAAGACAUUUGAUUUAUCAAUGUCGAACAUUUUAGAUUCAAUUGCAUGCAUUUACUAUAGAAGAAACGAAUAUAGCGAAGCUAUUGACUAUUGGGUAGAAUUAUUAGAACAACACGAAUACGAAGGCGAUGAAAUUGGUCGUAUUAACCGAAAUCUUGGCUGGUGUUAUAAAUCAAAAACUGAGUACAAUGUUGCAUUAGAAUAUUACAAGCAAUGUUUGAAUUCGUUUACGACACCAUCGGAUAUUGCUGUUGUGUAUCGUUUGAUUGGAUCAUUAUAUGGUGACAUGAAUGAAUAUAGUUUAGCAAUUGAAUACUACUUAAAAGCAUUAGUAAUACGAGAAACAAAUGAACCGUGGGAUAAACUAAAAAUUGCAAGUGAUUAUAAUAAUAUUGGUUGGUACUAUGGUUUAAAUAAACAAUAUGAUUUAGGUGUUGAAUAUUGUACAAAAUCAACUGAUAUUUA